GAAUGCAGCCCGUGCCGAGAUGGAGUCGCCCUUUGAGCUCGACUUCCUGGCGGAUCGGCUGAAGGCCGUUUUGCUCCCGGAGAAGUCUAUGUCUGCGAAGCAGGGGACUCGGUCCGCCUCCGGCUGCACGCUGCUGGUCGCGGAUCAAGGAUCGGAAGCCGUGCUUGGGGCAAAGCCCAACUCCUGGGAUCCCAAAGGCUGUUCCUUCGCCGACCUCGCGAAAAGAAUCAAGGAGGGAUCGCGUCUCUACCUGACCACGCGAUCAGGCAAGGGCGCCGUGCAGAGGAAGGGGGCGGCCCUGCAGUUUGAGUCAGCGCUGGACGAUGCGGGGCAGGAUGUGGUGGUCCGAGCUUUGGUGCCCCGUGUGCCCUUCCCGCAGUUACUCCCCCAGGGAGUUGGCUGCCAGGUGGCAUUCUGGAUUGGUGCUGCCGGAAACAACUUCGGUCUGCAUUCAGAUCUCUUCUCCGAGCAGUUCCUAUGCCAGCACCAGGGAACCAAAGAAGUUCUCUUGCUGCUUCCGGAUGAUGCAGCUGACGUGGAUCCGUUUCCGUUCCUGAGCAGCCCUCUGUGGUACAAAUCGCAGUCUCGAUCCGUCUCGCGGCUACGCCACCGCAACGACGGCCUUCGAGCCAUUCUCCAGCCGGGGGAUGUGCUCUACAUCCCACUUUGGUGGUGGCACGAAGUCUGCACCAUCACCGAAGGGGCCUCGGUCUCCACGACCUUCCGCUUCCACUCGGAGGACGCCGAUCGCUUUGCGAAGGUGAUGAAUGCCUUCUAUCAGUUCCACGCCAAUGCCAAAGCGUAUGGGUCCGGCAGGCUCGCCAAGCACCUUCGCAGCUACUUCGUCAAUGCAAUCGUCGCCGAGGAGGAGCCCCGAGGCACAGGGUGGAGUCGCAGUGCUUUGCUCGGAGGUGCUCUCUUGGCGGCGCUGUUUGCGGUGCGCUGGCACUGGCGGUGA